CAGCCUGGCAACACUGACUCGCGUGCAUAGAAAAAAGUAGCAGCGACUCGAUUCGGGCUCGGCGCAACGGAGAUUGGCUCGGGCAGUUUUUCGCGUAAAUUCACUCCGAAACCGGUUGGAACCUACGCCAGUGAGUGCGGUGCGUGCGGGAACAGUGAAAUCGGCCACCGGAACCAGGACACGACCGGUAAAAAAGCACUUUCAGACGCAACUUGCCACUCGCGGCUGCUGGACAUUUUCUUCUUUGCCUUUUUUUUGCUUGCUUGCUUGCUGUCCAGUGAGUGUGAGUUUGUGUGUGCGUUUGUGGGGGUUAGAGAGAGACAGAGCAAGCGGGACGCAGCAGGCCGCGCCGGGAGUGAACGGAACAACAACAACCCUUGACUAGCGGCACAUUAGUUUUGGAAGAAGCGACGACGAUCAUCCGGAGGAGCGUUUUUCGGUGGAGGUAAAAUGGAUGCAGAAUCGACCGUGGCGGAGAAGAUCGUUCCGCCGAACAAUGGUUCCGGUGAAACGACGGAUCCGGCCGUGCUAAAGGAGAAGGCCGCCGAAGAACUCAAGUCAGCGGCAUCGCUCAAGGGCGGAGGUGGCGAGGAGACCACCGCAACACCGGAAGCUGUCCCAAUUGAGAAGGACGACCUGCUGGAGCGUCUGGAGAAGAUCGACACCUCGUCACCCGCGACCACGACCACCAGCGCCACCACCACCAAGGAAACCGGCGACGGCAGCUCGGCGGCCACAAACGACGUUGACAUGGAAAACGACGAUCUGAUCCAGCGGCUGGAGGCCAUCGAAAAGGGGGAAGCGGAAGAGUCUGCGACGCCGACUUCUUCUUCCAAGAAAGAGGAGGACAAGAAGGAAGACGAUCUUUCUCCGGCGGAGGCAAACCACCAGAACGGGUUGGACAAACCUGACGAGGACGAACUGCUCGAGGAAAAGAUGGAAGUUGACGGCGCAGUAGCAGCGGAAGACAAGAAGGAAGAAUCUAGCGUGUCGGAAAAGACGACGAACGGAUCGUCAUCGGCAGACCAUGACACGCAGGCGGCAAGUUCGGCCAAACGGCGCCACUCCGAGGACGAAGAGCUUGAGCCGUCGAGCAAGAAGGUUCACGUCGAAGAGGACGCCAAGAAGCCGGAAACGGUGCCCGCCGAAGAGAAAAAAGAAGAACCUGUUGUGGAGUAGGAGAAGCCGGAUUCUGUGCCGGAGGAGAAAUCCGAACCUGAACCGGUUGUAGAGGAAAAGCCCAAGCAAGAAGAUAAGCCAGCUGUCGAAGAAAGCGUCAAAGCAGAGGAAGAACCGCCAAAGGAGCCGGAAAUCGUGGAGGAACCGCCUAAGGAGGAAGAGAAAGUGCCGGAAAAGGAGGCCGUCGUUGACAGUGCUAAGGAGCUUGUUGGCGAAUCGAAGGAGGAUGAAAAGACCGCGACCGAAGAGAAGCCUUUAGAAGAGUCUGCACCUCCUCCAGAACCCGAUCCUGUUGAAGAGCCAGAUUCCAAAGAGGAAGAAGCUGUCGAAACCCCAGCCCUCGAAACUGCUCCUGAAGAGAAGAAAGAAGAGAAGCCUGAGGAAAUGGAUUCUGUUCCGGAGAAGAAAGACGAGCCGGUGCCGGAACCCGCUGUCGAAGAGAAGAAGCCGGAAGAGCCCAAGAAAGACACGAAGCCGGUUGAAGAGGAAGCGAAAGCGGACGAGGUAGUCGCUGAAUCUGCGGAGAAGGAAGAGGUCGCCGUUGAAUCUAAGGACAAAUCAGAAGAAAAGAUGGAAGAGGUUGCCGUUGAAUCUACAGAAAAGUCGGAUGAAAAGACGGAGGAGGUUCGGGAAUCUGUCGAGGAAGCUAAACAGGAGCCAGCUGCUUCAACGGAAAAGGUCGAACCAGUUGACGUCGAAACUGAGAAAGAGACCAAACCCGAGCCGGUUCCAGCUGAAGACAAAGUCGAAGCCCUUCCCGACACGGAACCAAAAUCGGAAUCGGAAUCCCAGCCAGAGGAACAACCCACAAGUUCGUCACCUGCCGAAGCGAAGGAGACAACCGACGACGCCGCCAUCAGUUCCUCAUCGGAACCGAAAGAAACGGCUGAAGCCAGCCCGGCAGAGGCAGAAACCGUUACGAGCUCGGACGAGAAGCCUGCUGCCGAGCCGGAAAAGGUUGUAGAUUCCACACCGGAGGCAGCCGCCCCAGUGCCAACUCAGGCCGAACCGCAGGCCGAUGAAGCGAUGGAAGUUGACGCCGUCGAGCCAGUUGUGGAGGCGUCCACGGCCGUCGAAGUUUCCGAGACUCCCUGUGCCAAGAAGGAGGCCUAUCAGUGCACCGAAAAGGAGGAGGAGAAAAAGGAGGACACCACCCCGAAAGAGGUUCCAGCAGCUGAACCAGAGAAGGCCUCCGCCACGGAAGAGGAUGAGCAAAUGGAGGUAGACUCCGCGGCCGUCGCGCCGUCCCAGAGCAAAUCCGACGGAGAUGUUACGGAAGGCAUGAACACAAGCAGCGAGGAACUGAUCAUAACUCUUGCCAAGGAGGGAGACGCAGCGGAGAAGGAGGAAAAUGUCGUCGAUUUCGCGAGUGAAACGAACAACACAACCACGACGGUGUCGGCCCUGGACAAAAAUGUGGACGCCGAGGAGGUGCCGCCGGCGCCGGCCGCCGAUGAGUCCAAGGUGCUGGACGACAGCAUCGAGAGUUCGCUUCCCACGUCCAGCUCGGACAAAAUGGCCGACCGGUUAAAGCAGCGGUUGGAUUUGAUCUCGAACGGAAGCAGCACACCGAACGCGGCCGUCAGCUCGAGCAACGUGUACAACUCGACCCCGAUCCAGAAACAGUUCGAAAUCAGCUCGGAGAACGUGAGCAAGAUUACGCGACCCUCGGUAGACAACAGCCACCAGGAGGACGAGGAGGAGCACAACGCCAUCGUGGCGGACAAUUCAACGGCCGUGGACGAAAAGGAAGCGGUUGCGUCUACCUCGGCGGCUGUUGCAGCGAAGGAGCCGGAGCCCAAGAAGGAUGCUCCCGAAACGAGCAAGGAGUUGGCUGCCUCGUCGGUAAAAGAAGAAAGCAGUCUGAAGUCGUCGGAAUCGUCGGAGGUCGAUUCGUGUACAGCUUCCUCGGCGCUGAACACCGCAGAGGAGACCAACCUGUACGCCAGCAACGCCCGCAAAUUCAACGGAAUCUCCUCCACGUCAGGAUCCGAGCUAGACGAUAAAUCUGCCGUGCAGACGCCAGCAAAUGUGACGACCACUGCAGCCUCGACCACAACGACAACCACCGCCGCCAACAAGCUUGACCUCACCCAGGCCCUGACUUCCGAGGAUGCGCUGUACGAGGUCAGCGUAUGGUUCGACGGAGCGGAGUUGCAGUUCUUGUCGGUGGAGAAGGUGAUCGAGAACAAGCUGGCAGCGCCCGGUUUGGCUGGUUCAACUCAAGAUCUGACCGGAAUCGACUCGUCAAAGCAGUCCUCCAACGGUAGCGUGGGCAGUCUUGGUCCGUACCAGCUGCCUUCGGCGAGACCGGCCGCCGAUUCACACUCAAGCGCAACGGACAGUUCGGGGACAAUCUCCAGCCAGUCGAAGGCGCCACUAUCCAAGGUUAAGCACACCGUCCGAGGGGCCAAGGCGCUGGCAUCGUUGAUGAUCGAAGAGUUCACCAAGAUCAAGCGGGCACUCAGCAAGGAUGACGAACUAUCGGACGCCGAACUGGACCAAAGCAGUUCCAACGCGAAGACGCCCAAAACCACCGCCAAAAAGGGUGGUCGAGGACAGAAGCGAACCCGCACCGAGUCCGAAGCCGAAGAAGACUCCAAGUCGAAGCAAGCCUCCUCGAAGAGCGCCAAGAAGCAGAAACCGGACACACCCGUACCUGCCGAGCCGGAACCGCCAGUGAACCAGGACGAUUGGUUGUGCUGUAUGGCACGGUGGUCCGACCGAAAGUACUAUGCCGGCAAGGUCACAGGUUACAAGGGAGACAACAAGUACAUGGUGCUGUUCGAGGACGGCGCCUCGAAGGCCCUCUCCAAGGACGUCAUCGUGAUCGGCGACAAGGACACGCUCCCGAUCGUCGGACACGCCGUACACGCGCUCACCGGGGGCGACACCUACGAGGCCGGUUUCGUCGACGAGGUCAAGCGGAACGAAACCACCAACGAAGUGUCGUACGUGGUCCGGAUCGGCGAGGGCACCGUCGAGGUGACCGCCUCCGACCUCUACCUAAACGAGGAGCAGGCCAAGUAAAUCAACCGGGCAUACAAGGCCGCCGAAGGGGGCGCGGACGAUCCGAUGCAGUCGCCGUCGGCCAGCGGCAAGCGGGGCAGCACGACAAACACGCCGAUUCUGCAGACGCCGGACGAAGCGACCGCCGCGGGUGGUGGCGAAAAGGGUUCGCGGUCGACGCGGAGCAAACGCGGCGGGGACAAGCCACAGACGCCGGUCACGCCCGAGGCUGGUUACUCGGGUGGCGUGGGCAAGGGCAAGGGACGGCGCGGUCGAAGUAAAGCCCAACCGUCUGCCACGGGCCAACCUGGCAACGGGCCCGUCUCGAUAUCCGAAUCGAGCGACGUGUCGGACACGCUCGAGGAGGACAUGCCCGCCCCACCCAGCCCGGGACCCGACCUCGAGUCGGUGGACGGCGUCCAGCCGGAGUUGCAGCGCACCCAGAAGGAGUCGGAGAUUCGAAAAAUGUACCUUGUCGCAGAAUACCUGGGCAACGGAAACGGACAUACGCUGGAAGACGUGCUGGGGCCACUGCCCGGAAGCAAAACUGUGUUUCGGAACAAACACUUCAUUUUGACUUGUACCAUUCCACCGAAGGGAAUCUGUAGUACUCCGGACAAGGACGACAUGCGGAACAAAUAUCGGAAGUUCAGCUUGGUACCGUUCGUGAAGGAACACCUGCGACUGCAGAUCGAAAUGGGCGGCGGCAAGGUGUACGACCACUUUGAGGACAUUCCCAAGGCAAAGUACAAGCAGUGCAAGCUGAUCGCGCCCCAUCCCUCGGCGACGGCCAAGUACGUCCAGUGUCUUGCCGUGGACGUUCCGGCCGUUUCGCACGAGUGGAUCAUCGAGUGCUGUCGAACGCUCACCUUCCUGGACUACAAACCGUUCGCCCUGCCCGCCGGUUGGUCCUUUCUCGAGGAACGCUACAUUCGCUGGAACUGCGGCCGAGGCGUCGAGCUCCGAUCGACGGUCAAUCCGUUCGUGGGCUAUUGUAUCAACAUCGCCAGCCUCAACAAGGACUUUACCGAGUUUUGGAGCCGGGUGUGCAAAAUGGCCGGCGGAACGGUGCGACUCAUCAAGGCCGAAGCGGACCUCACGCCGAACCUGUCCGGCUUCAUGCUGACCGACCAGGAGUUUCCCGAGGAUAUCAAACUGCGAGCCACCCGGUACGGGCUGCAGAUCGUCUCGACGGUGUGGGUCGUGCAGAGUUUGAUCGUGGGCCGAGUCUGCCAGCCCGAUAGCCACGAGAAGCUAACGCAAAUCUACCAGGACGAUGACUAUUAGCUGUGUGUUUUAAGUAAGUCAAACUCAACUCUUUUUAACUUUUGUUUUGUUCUGUUAAAUCGUUCCCAGUAAUUGUUGUUGGCCGAAAUCGGUCGGUGCUCGUUUAACCGUGAGGUAGAGUAAUCACUCAUAGGUAAAAUUUCAAAAAUUGUAGACAAAAAUCUGGCAUUUUUUACUUUCGUAAACUAGCAAUGUCGAAAAAUGUUUCAAACUGGCUAGUAAGUAUUUUUUCAAUUGUAAAACGCGUGACCAAUAAAACAUGCACC